AUGUCGCUACCGUCUUGCAUAGUGUCGGCAUCCCGACGAAGCGCACCACUCCUUCUACGGAACCAAGCUGCCAGAUGGUCUCUCGGCGUAAAGUCUGGACCAAUCCUGGAAGCAAGAUGCAUUGCAUCGUCGAGCCGUAGCAGUGCACAGGUUCAGGACGAAGUCAAGCAGAGCCAACCGGAAAUCUCGAAGCUGUCGUCCGAGGCAGACGAGCCCAAGCUUGGCAAGCGCGCACGAAAGGCCGUCCGCGCACGCCAACGCAAGCAUGAGGAACGCGUGAUUCGCGAGGCCAGAAACAGGGCCAGGGCCGAGAAGCGUGCAGAGAAGGCACGAACAGCGACUGCCCCCAACCACGAUGCUGGUACCUCUUCUUGGUCAACAUCACCAAUAAUCAAGGUCAGGCACGUGCUGCCCGACAAAGAAGCGCCCAAGUCGCCGGCACAAGCAGAUGCAUCGCGAGAAUGGAGACAUCAGGCGAGAUCUGGGGACAUUUCGACACCAACGCAAGGCUGGAAUGGCACGCUCUUCAGCAGCCACAUCUCUGCGCUUCUCAGAGGAUUCGGCACGUUGCCAAAUACCCCGCCCGUCCAAGCAGUCACACCUGCUGAUCAGGAUGCGCAGCCGCAGCGCGAGAGCACUCCCACAAUAGCACAGGACGAUGGCGCGCCAAAAUCAACGUCCGAAGCGCCGAGUACAGGUCCGCCAAGGAUGACCAAGUCGGAGCGCAUGGAGUCGCAGGCGCGCGUCAUCUUCCGCGCCAUCCGCGAUGCGCGCGAGCGCGGCAUAGUCGACGAGGACGAGUCCUUCUUCUACCCAUACCCCGAGGGCGUACCACCCAAAGACCAACACGGCAAAGAUACGGUGUGGCUCAAUCUCGGCGCCGAUCCGGAAGCAUGGGGUCGCGAGAUUCCGACUGUCAAAGAUCGGUGGCUAGAGGUGCUUUCGCUCGGCCUCACCAAGGAGAUCACCCCGCAAUCCCAGAUAAGACGUCCCAUGGGCGCAGAAGAAGAGGCAGAUGCAGCCGAUCAACUCGCGGCGCAGGAUCCACUCGCAUUUGAGGAUCUUGUCGAGGACUACGACUUGGAAGAUCACGAGCGACUGGAGCAGCUCGGCGAUUCGAUUGUCAACAUGUCGUCGCGCCUGUUGGCGUAUCAGUCGUUCCCGGACGUCAACGAGGGCUCUUUGACGAGGCUGUCCAACUAUCCGACGCAAAACAACUUUCUCGCUCUGCUGUUCCAGGAGUGCGGCCUGGCAGCCAGGCGCGACGAGCUGCGUGACGAGCUGCGAGGGGCGCCCGAAGCCGAUGGCCAAGACGCCGGAGAUGGGCGCCCCAACGACACGGCGGUCAAGAUGGCAGCAAAGGCGCUCGAGGGUGCGGAAGAGAACGAGCAGCUGCCGUCACUAAUCAAGCGCGAUGCCGACAUGUUUGAAGCGUACGCGGCGGCCGUAUUCCUCAGCCACGGAAACGACUUCAACGUGGUGCAUGCAUGGCUCAGUCACCUCUUCCGGCCGUUCCAGGACCAGGCGUAUCGAUUCAUGGUGCAGCGCAGCGAGGCGCUCGCCAGGCUGCAGGCAGCACGUGCUGCCGCCGCCAACGCUGCGCCCUCAUCACCGCUCUCGUUCCUCACUCGGGGCUCGCUAACGCCGUCUUCGACCAACAUUGCAGCCGACGGGUUGGGGAUCAAAUCGGCCUCGGUCGAUCCGUCAUCAGUAUCGUUGGCUUCGCUGUUCCCGGACCUGAUGCGGACGGAGAAGUCGACGCCCAUCCCGACGUACGCGCUGCAGGGAGGCAGCGAGGCAUUCAUCACUGACGAGUUCCUCACGGUCGCAGCGCGCGCGCGCAGGCAGAGGGAAGAACGUCUGCGCGAAGAGCUGCGGCUGCAGGACCAGCGCGAGCUCAUGAACAUGGGCUGGUUCCGCAAGGGCUUCCUCAACCUCAGCAAGGGCUUCCGGCAGUACGUGAUGGGCAAGGACGUGGCGCGCGAGGAGGAGCUGCGCAUGCGCGAGCGCAUCAACCAGCAGCGUGGGCUCGGCGAAAAGGACCGAGAGCGCCUGCGCGCGCGCGAACGCAACAACGCCGGCAUCUCGAUCAAGAGCACGGGCAGCAAGACGCGCACGAAGAUCACCGGCAUUCAAGAGCAUGUUUCGUUCAGGAAGGAGUGA